UGGCGGUUGGCAUUGCGCAUGCGCGUUUUUUGUUUUUGGUGGGAAAAGUAAUUUUGUGAAUUUUGUGACCAAAUGGCCGAAAAACUGGAAGAUUUGAAUUUGCCGAACAUGACGGUGCAAAAGAUAAUUAAAGACGCAUUGCCUGAACACGUCAGUGUUGGUAAAGACGCCCGUUCGGCCCUGUCAAGGGCCGCUUCAAUUUUUGUCCUGUACAUAACCUCACAAGCCACCAAAGAGGCGCAAAAAGUGAACAGAAAGACUCUUCUGGGUCAAGACAUUCUAACAGCGUUAGAAGAGCUCGAGUUUGACGAAUUCGUGGAGCCCUUAAGUGUGAUGCUGAGAGAUUUCAAAGAAGCGAAGCAGAAGAAGAAAGUGAAGAAGGGGGCCGACGUUGAAAUGGCGGAAGACAACGACGAGGAGGCCGUGGAAGAGGAAGAAACGGGAGAAUCGUAAUAAAAAAUAAAUUUUU